AUAGUUGUUAUUUAGUGUUACUGUUGAAAACGUAUGAAACAUUCUAUAUAAUUUUGUAAUCCUAGACAAAAUGAUAAUCAAAACUUUCGGACUUAUUUUAUUUUUCUCAUUGUCUGAAUCCAAAAACAAUUUUAGGCCAAAUUUGCCUUUGGGAGAAUAUCGUUUGGUUAUUGAUAAAGUAUAUCCUUGUGGAUCAAGAAUAAAUCAUUCAGUUCAAUUUAAUAUCUAUUCUAGUAAAAAGACAUCAAAUAUAACUGAAAUGAAAGGGAAUAUAACAUUUUUGACACCUUUCAAUGAUAAUCUUGCAGU